UGUAUGUGGUGUGACAGCACCGGUUAGGAAUUCAUGUCAAAAAGUUCAUUACAAUCACAAACUAUAAUAAAGUAUUCCUUUAUAAAUAAAACAUUUACCAAUAUUUACGAAAAUUACGUCUUUCAUAUAAACGGUUCGCGCCACGUAAUUAUUAUUAUCGGUCACUCGUGUAAGAGUAAAAGAAAGUUAGGUUAGUGGUUCCGCAGUAGGUCAAUGGUAUGAUCAUCGCGUGCCGGUUACGUUGUGCCUGACGUCGGUACUAAGCGAGUAAAGCGAGCAUAGCGAGUCUGAUUCGAGACGUGUUCAGCGUUAGUAGUCCGCGACGUACAAAACAGUUAACUCUGAGAAUAUUCUGUGUUAAGUAUUCAUCAGUGUUUUAUUCACCUUAAUACGAUGGCUAGAGCUAAAGUAGAAAAUGUGGGCAUUCAUGCUAUGGAAAUAUAUUUCCCCUCGCAAUAUGUAGAUCAAGUGGAAUUAGAAAAAUUCGAUGAAGUGGCAGCUGGAAAAUAUACAAUUGGACUUGGACAAAGUAAAAUGAGCUUUUGCUCUGACAGGGAAGACAUCAACUCGAUUUGUCUGACUGUACUUCAUAGACUCAUUGAAAAAAAUAAUAUCAACCUCCAUGAUAUUGGCCGGCUUGAGGUUGGUACUGAGACUAUUAUUGAUAAAAGUAAAAGUGUAAAAACUUUCCUCAUGACAUUGUUUGCCAAAGAAGGAGCCACGGAUAUAGAAGGUAUUGACACUACUAAUGCUUGCUAUGGUGGCACAGCAGCUUUAUUCAAUGCUAUUAAUUGGGUCGAGUCUUCAUCAUGGGAUGGAAGAAAAGCCAUAGUUAUUGCUGGAGAUAUAGCUGUAUAUGGGAAAGGCCCAGCAAGGCCUACAGGAGGUGCUGGAGCAGUGGCAAUGCUCAUUGGACCAGAUGCACCUUUGGUCCUUGACUGCGGUGUUCGUGCUUCUUAUAUGUGCCACGCUUAUGAUUUCUACAAGCCAGAUCUAGCAUCAGAAUUUCCAUACGUUGAUGGUAAAUUAUCUAUUCAGUGUUAUCUAAGUGCAUUGGAUAAUUGCUACAACUUGUUCUGUAAAAAAAUGCGAACUGUAGAUCCUGAUUUUAAAGGUCUGCUAAGCUUGGAUGGUAUGCUAUUUCACACUCCAUACUGUAAAUUGGUCCAGAAAUCCCUUGCAAGAGUCAGUUUAAAUGAUUUUCUAAACACUCCUUUAGAAGAGAGGGAAAAACAGUUCCCAGGAUUGUCACAGUUCAACGAUCACAAAAGAGAAAAUACCUACUUUGAUAGAGAUGUAGAAAAAGCUUUUAUGACCUACAGUAAGGAUUUAUUUGAAACAAAAACGCAGCCCUCAUUACAUAUUGCUCGGAAUGUUGGCAAUAUGUACACCCCAUCCCUGUAUGGAGGUCUUGCAUCAUAUUUAGUAAGUAAAUCACCAGAACAGUUGAUUGGAAAGAAGUUUGCAUUAUUUUCUUAUGGUUCCGGAUUGGCUUCUACAAUGUAUUCAAUCAACAUCUGUAAGGACAUGAGUGCAGGGUCCAAAUUAGAAAAAUUAAUAAAUUCCCUUCAUGAAAGCUUGUCAUUAUUAGAUAAGAGGAUAAGUGUGGAACCAGAAAAGUUUUCAGAUAUUAUGCAAAUAAGAACAGAAAACUAUCACACAGCUCCCUACAAGCCGUCCGGACCCAUUGAUACUUUAUUCCCUGGAACAUAUUACCUAUUGCAAAUUGAUGAACAGAGAAGACGCACUUAUGAUAGAAAGCUUUGACUUGUUCACUUGGGGCAUUGAUAAUGAGUAUUUAUUGUUUUAGUUUUAUAGUUUAAUUAUGUCCUGAUCAUAGACAUUAACUGUUUAAAGUUUUUAUUUAUUUAUGUGAAACAAUGGCUUAUUAGUUAGUCAUAAAUGGUAGAUAUUUAAAUAAUGGGGAAUGAUUGCAAUGUGACUUUGAAUUGUUUGUCUAUAAUUUAUGUAAAUAAAUACACAGCAGCAUUAUCAAAUGUUGGUGAAUGUAUAAAAUAUAUACACGGGUUUAAAUGGAGGGUUCUUAUUAUUAUAUUUGGUGUAUUUGAAAUUAAUAUAAAAUAUUAUAUUUAAUAUAAAAUAUUAUAAUUGCUUUGGCUAUUUAUUACUACUCUUGAGUGUAAAAAA